AUGAAAUCAAUGAGUACAACAUCAGAUCAGAAUAAUGCUGCUCAUGCGACACUAUUAAACAAUACUGUUCUUCAUGAAAAUGAUUUGAUCAAAAAAGCUAAAAGUCAAUUUAGCUAUCACAAGGAUGUAUUGAAUACGUUUGAAUCAUAUCGUCAAUGUGUACUUCAUAAUGAACUGAUAACAGAUGUUGGUCGAAAGUUUUUUCUAACAGAACUUCACAAUUUGCACACAAAUUUUAAACGUGUUCUAAACUAUGCAGCCGAACAUAAUAAAUUUCGUGAUCAAAAUUUGCCUACUAUUGGUCCGUUGAUCAUUUGUGGAGUUGCCCGUACAGGAACAACAUUACUCUACAAUUUGCUUGCCUGCGAUCCAAAUUGUCGUGCACCAUUGUUCACUGAUAUGAUGAUUGACGUUGUUCCACCGAUUGCACGAUCUGAUUCGAUCGAACAAAAACGACGAAUCGAUAUUUUAAACUCUCCUUCACAAGAAACUGAACAGUUAACCAGUAACUUCAUUCAAAUAGCUGCAUGUCAUCCAUAUUUUCCAAAUGAAGAAGAUUGUCACAUUCUGCGUCAAGCCGGCUGUUUUCCAUUGUUUACACUUAUAUCUGACAAUGAGGAUUCUGAUGCAGAAAGUUGGAUCCGUAAUGAAAUGAACAAAGGUUAUGCAUAUGAUUAUCAUGAGACAUUCGUGCGCAUGUUAAAUUCGGUUGACGCACCGAAGUCACAUUGGUUAUUAAAAACACCAUACCAUGCUUUUUAUCUUGAUGAGCUUCUUCGACAUUAUCCGAAUGCAUUAUUAAUUAUGACACAUCGGUCUCUUGACGAAGUUCUUCCUUCAUGGUGUAGUUUGGCAUCGGUAGCUGCAAAUGGGCAUUUUGAUGCAAUGAACUCGAUCAGUCGAGAUAGAAUAACGAAACGAUGUUAUCAAAGCAUGGAUAAAUCAAUCGAAUGUAUAAUGAAAUUUCGAACAUGUCAAAAUGGUGGAGUUGAUCAAUCGAGAAAAAAUAUGUUCGAUAUUACUUAUGACAAUGUGAUGAAGAAUCCCAUUGGUGUUGUUCAUCAAAUCUAUGAUUAUUUCAAUCUUCAAUGGUCGAACGAAUUCGAAAUAGCGAUGAAUAAUUGGCUUCUGGAAAAUCCUCAGGGCAAACACAGUCGUCAUAAGUAUACUCUUUCCAAAUUUGGUUUCAAUCAAGAAGAUAUCCAAGCACGUUAUGCUGAUUAUACGAAAGUGUUUCUAUCUUCAACAUUUUCACAUAAUCAAUCUUCAUCGACAAAUUGA